UCGCGCGCGGCAGACGCGUUAUUGAUUGUGGAGUGCUCGCAGUGGGUCGCUGGCGGUCGGAGUCGUAGCCGGUGUAUCCAGCGUGGGGCGCGUGCAGAUCCGGCGACUCAGCAGCUCCGCAUCCGGCCAGGCGGCGGCAUGAUGCGUCGGCAGCGCUGCAGGAGUUGGGGCACGCUGCUGGACGCGCCCGAGGAGCGCGAGCGGCCGCCGGAGACCGAAGUCGAGUACGUGCGCUACCUGCAGCAGAAGAUCGCCGACGCCCAGGAGCGCCACCUGCUGCCGCUCAAGGAAGACGUCACCGACUGGCUGAACGCCACGCUGGGCACCGACCACAUCGAUGUCAACAACUACAUGGCCGUGCUGGACAACGGUCUGCUGCUGUGCCGCCUGGCCAAGAUCAUCGCCGACCAGGCGGCUCGCACGCACACGCUGGCGAUGCCGGCGCCAACGUUCAAGUUCCGCUGCUGGGACCGGGCGCGCUCGCGCUCAUUCUUCGCGCGCGACAACGUCUACAAUUUCCUGCAGUUCUGCCGGCUGGUCGGCUGUCAGGAGAACUUCCUGUUCGAGACGGACGGACUCGUGCUGCACACGCAGCCGCGCGGCGUGCUGCUGUGUCUGCUGGAGCUGGGCCGCCGCAGCAGCCGCUACAUCGAGCCGCCCGUGCUCGUGCAGCUGGAGCAGGAGAUCGAUGAGCAGGAGCGGCUGGCGGCCGCGCGCGACGGCAGCGACUCGGGCUACUCGGACACGGCGCAGGAGCGCGAGCGCAGCGCCGAGCGUGACGUGGGCGGCCGCGCCCACCUGGUGCGCGUCAAGAUGGCGCUACGGAGGAGCGGACGCAGCAGCUGCUGGGAGCGGCUGCACCAGCUGGAGGUGGCCACAUCGCGGCGACCCCAGGCGACACACCGCCCAUCGACGCCGGCCAGCUCCGUGGCGAGCACCCCCACCUGCCGAACACCCACCCAUCCCUCCAGCGGCGAGAACAGCCUGCUGGACAAAAAGGUGCAGCAGAUGGUGGAGGAGUCGGCGGCCGGCUGCAAGUGCCGCAGCAACUGCAUGUCGGACGUGCAGCUUCGCCGUGUGGCGGAGGGCCAGUACAACGUGGCGGGGCGCACCGUCUUCAUACGGCUGCUGAAGGGACGUCACGUGAUGGUGCGCGUGGGCGGCGGUUGGGACACGCUGGAGCACUUCCUGAGCCGGCACGACCCGUGCCAGUCGGCCAGCCUGCCCGGCUCGCUGGCCACCGGCGGCGGCGACACCACCGAGAUGUUCCUCCGGCUGCGGGCCACGCCCCGCUCCCGCUGUCAGGUGCCCUCCAACGGCUGAGGCGCCGCCCAUCGGCAGCGGGCCGCCCGGCUGGACAUCGGUCCGCUGAACAGGCUGAGGGGAGCCGCCCGAGCCGGCCGCCGCCCAUCGGCAGCGGGCCGCCCGGUUGGACACUGGUCCACUGGACAAGCUGAGUGGGGCCGCCCGAGCCGGCCGCCAAUCUCGGCACCGCGCCAGCAGCCGUCUGGCGGACGCACGACGAGAGGAGAACCGGUCGACCGGCUGGGUCGCUUUGAUGAGCCGGAGCCUCCCUGUCCGUCGAUGGCGGCGAAGGAGACAGCUCUCGUGCAGUUCCAGUUCUGGACGCGCCGCCGUGAUAGCGAUGCCGACCACGGAGCGAUGCGGUGCGAUGCGGUGCGGUGCAGUGUGGGGCGACGCGAUGCAAUGCAAUGCAAUGCGAGUGCAAUACGCGUCGCGCACGGCCCGAA